AUGGAUUUACAGGUGUUUUUACUUUUAGCUACCAUGGUAGCAACAAGUAGUCAGCUAUCACUGAGUGACUGUGGACCACACUUAAGACGUCCGCAAGUCACUGAUAUCUCAGUAGAAUGUGGCACUGACUCCAUUGAUUUGGCAAUUGAAAUCUGUCCAGUCAUCUACACCGGCUAUAAUGAGUCGUUGCUGAUCCUGAACCACAUUUUGGAUUCACCCUGCAGGGCAUACGUGGAUGAGACCGCAAACCCACCGAUGGCCAGAUUCACUUUCCCCCUUAAUACGACCCACGCCUGUGGAAGCAACUUCAGAACCACAAGCGCUCCUGGCACAGGGAUAUUCUCGGACUUCUCCAACAUUCAGUCGGUCAACAUCAGCGGUGUGGUCCGCUCCAGUGACCCCACCACGGGCACCAUAACUUACAAUGCUGAGCUGAAGUACUACUACUCAUGUGCGUACCCCUUAGAGUACCUGAUCAACAACACUCAGGUCGAUGUAUCAGCUUCAUCCAUUGCAAUAAAGGACAACAAUGGAAGCUUCAUCAGCACUCUGACCCUGAAGCUGUUCAGCGACGCCAACUAUACUAGACCCCUGGUCAUGCCGAGGCUGGGAAUUGAGCUGAGGACCGAUGUGUACGUCGAGGUCAGUGCAACCAACCUGACAGGUCAGUACCAUGUCCUGCUGGAUCGCUGCUAUGCCUCCAUCUCCCCGCUCCCCAACAACUCCAGCUUCUUCAACCUGUUUGUGCCCUGCUCCAAGGACCAACUCACCACCAUGAUUGAGAACGGGGACAGCCAGAGUGCUCGGUUCUACUUCCCCGCCUUCCGCUUCAUUGAGCAACAGAACGAGACUGUGUCCACCUACUUUCUUCACUGCAUCACCCGGCUGUGCGAGAUAAGCACCUGCAGCACCUUCAAGCAGUGCAACAAUAGAAAGAGGAGGAGUGCCCGGGAGGCCACUGCGACAGGUGUGACUGAUGUACACACCAUCACCUCUCCAAAGAUUGUCACCAAAGCCGAGAACAUCAGUUCCAAAGAGAAGCCCCUAGCCAAAGGUGAAAAGAGUGAUUCUGCCAUUGGGCUUGGUGUUGCUGUGGGCGUCCUGGCCUUUGUGGGCCUCAUUGCCUUCUGUGUUGCAGCUGUCUUUUACAAGAGGCUCAAGAACUGA